AAUGUUUUACUGAACCGGAAAUAAAUUAUAUAGAGAAUUGCAGUAUGUAUAAAAACCUACUUCCUAUUUCACUUGCCCUGUAAAGGUUUGCUUGUAUCGCAAUUUGUACGUUACUUCAUUUGAGCGUGUUCCACGUUUCGUGUCGUAAGACUUAAAGAAUGCGUUACGUGGCCGCUUAUCUUUUGGCUGUUUUGGGAGGGAAAGGAUCUCCCAGCCAAAAUGAUAUUGAAAAAAUUCUUUCUUCAGUCGGCAUUGAAGCUGAUGGGGAAAAAUUGAAAAAAGUUAUUUCAGAAUUAAAUGGAAAAUCUAUUGACGAUGUUAUAGCGCAAGGUCGCGAGAAACUAUCUGCUUUACCAGUUGGAGGUGCUGCACCAGUGGCUGCCGCUGCUGCUCCAGGUGCAGCUGCUGCACCAGCUGAAGAAAAGAAAGAAGAGAAGAAACCAGCUAAAGAAGAAUCUGAAUCUGAUGACGAUGACAUGGGCUUUGGUCUGUUUGAUUAAACAGAAUAAGAAAUGAAAAAACAGAUUCUCUUCAGCAGGAGACUAAUGAAAUUGUACAAAAUAUCAUUUCUAUCGUGAUCUACUGCUGUAGAAUAAAACCUGUUUUUAAUUUGCUAAA